GAGCACAUUCAGAUGCAGAGAGCGAGGUGAGGACGGUGCAUUAGUUGUGCAGAGGAGAGCCGAGGGAGCACACUGAGAAGUGAAAAGCAGAUCAUUUCUACGAGAGAAGAAAGGAAAGAUGCUCUAUAGCUGCUUUUUUGGAGAAUAAGAGUAGGAGGAUGCAGGGCUGUUGAUUGGGCGCUUCAGACCGAGUGUAACUUAUGAGAUUUCCAGGAUGUCUUUUGGAGUGUAUGGAGCAAUUUGACGCUAUGCACUGCGUCUUCUACAUGAUGCAUGCGUGAGAGUUUGAUUCACGAUGGAGCGCUGUGAGAGCAGCGUGGCCGUGGCCGUCCAGCCGAGUCCAUCAUUGGACAGCGCCGAGCUGGAGUUCGCCCAGGCUGUCCGCCGCGGACACCGCCUCGCCGUGGGCGCUUUCUACGGCUCCCGUCGCUCGAAGGUUCAGACUCAGACAAGUCCCGAGGAGAGCAUAGAGGGCACGGCGGCUGUGGGCGAGAAGCCAGCGAGGCAGAGUGGGGCAUGUGGAGGGAAGUUUCUUGUUUUUUACCUGGACUUGUCUUUUGUUUUCUUGUUAGAGCUGGAGAAGCUGAGGAUGGCGCGCGGGUGCCUGUGCUGUGUCAAAUACAUGAUGUUCCUCUUCAACCUGCUCUUCUGGCUGUCAGGCUGUGGUCUGCUGGGAGUAGGGAUCUGGCUCUCCAUGUCUCAGGGGAGCUUUGCCACAUUCUCUCCCUCCUUCCCCUCGCUCUCAGCCGCCAAUCUGGUAAUCAUCCUGGGCUCCAUCGUCAUGGUGACGGGCUUCCUGGGCUGCAUGGGCGCCAUCAAGGAGAACAAGUGCCUGUUGCUGAGUUUCUUCAUUGUCCUGUUGAUAAUUCUGCUGGCAGAGUUGAUUCUGCUCAUCCUCUUCUUUGUGUAUACAGACAAGGUGAGUCAGAAUGCACAGCAGGACCUGAAGGAGGGUCUGCAACUGUACAACACUGACAACAACAUCGGCCUGCGCAAUGCAUGGAACAUCAUCCAGUCUGAGUGGCAGUGCUGUGGCGUAACUGGGCACACAGACUGGCACGAUGCCCUGCCUGACAAGACGGUCCCAGACCGAUGUUGUCAGGAGCAUUAUAAAGAGUGUGGGCGCAAUGCAAGUAAUGUCUUCUGGUCUCAGGGCUGCUACGAGAAGGUUGUGGACUGGCUGGAUGAUAACAAACACCUGUUGGGCACUAUUGCUAUGUGUGUGCUGGUCAUACAGCUCCUCGGCAUGGCGUUUUCCAUGACCCUGUACCAGCAGAUUCACAGAGCGGGGAAGAAGUACAGUGCCUAAAGGAAAGGACUUAAACCUCAUUAACAAAAAAUCAACAGCAGCCCAAAAACCUUUAGUCCAUACUGCUUCCUGUGUCUUUCCAUUUCUGGACAUUACCAAGAAUUAUAGACUAUGUGUCUAUACAUUAAAUCCAGUAAGAUUUUGUAGUGUAUAUGUGAAAAUAUAUUUCCAAACCCAUGUUAAGGAAUUGUUAUAGGCAGAAAUAAUAUUUAGAUGGAAGCAGAGGCAAAUGAAAUUUUUUGGAGAAGAAAUUUUGGCACCUCUUGUAUAGCAGGAUUAAUAAGCCACCAUGGUUCCGCUGUUUGUAUAAUGCAUUCCCUCAUCGAGGAAAAGAUUAGUACUCACUGCUGAAGACUGCCUAUUUGUACAAUAAUGUACCUUCUCUUUCUCUCACUUGCUCUCACACAUGUACAUUGUUUCUCAUAUAUUGAUUAUAAAAGCAUGUAACGCAGAUCUCUUUCAGGAGCUAACUGUACAUUGUUCACUUGCCCUGUUUAUCCUAUAAAUAGAUGAAUAUAAUCCUGUUUAUCAUGCCGGUUGUAUGUGUGUAUGUGUGUACAUUCUGUGUGGGCAGAGAAAAGUUUUCCACCAAACUAACAUGUUGCCUUUGGGCCACUGUGGAUCAGUUUACUCUUUCCUUUUUGCUGUCUUUUUCUGUCUGGUUCUUUUGUUCUAAUGUUCACUGAUCUUUUCAAAGUUCCACCUCCCCAGCCGAGGUGAAUGAGCCAUCCCAGUGCAGAUUAUGAGAUUCAGAGAGAGAACGAUAAGCGCAGAGAUCAAUAAAGGACUAGCAUCAGAAGAACAAACAGAACAGCACUUCAAAGUCCGGUUUUGGAAAUAGUCCACGUUUAUAAAGCUUUUACACAUUGAGCCAUAAAUUUUUUUAAUAUUUUCCAACUGUC